AUGUUUAACAAGUUAAAACUGAGAAAGGCUCCAUUAUCAUUGGAUUCAGUUUCAAAUGCCAUCAAAACAAGGGGGUCAAAAUCUCUUUCGCCUGAAGAAAUCAAUCCAAAGCACAUUGACUUGAAGGUGAUUAAUCAGCUUGGUAUUCCUCAGAAUUCUAUAGUUGCAGUUGCAUAUGAUCCAGUACAAUCGUUAUUGGCAGUUUCAACAACCAGCAACGAUGUCCGAGUAUACGGACAGUUAAAUGUCGAAGUUGUAUUUGAAUUCAACAUUAAAAACCCAAUCACGUUUCUUCGAUUUGUCAAGGGGGUAUACCUUGUCUGUGCCUCACCAGGUACCGGUUUGAGCAUAUUAUCAUUGCACUCAAAAAAGGUAUUAGGAACAGGUCUGUUUCCUGGAACAGUGACAGCCAUGGAAUCAGACCCUUCUUUGGAUUGGUUGAUUAUGGGAUUGUCAAAUGGUAGUUUGAUGUUUUAUGAUGUUGACAGAAUAAAUUUAACUCCCUUCAGAAUUGACAAUUUACAGAAGAAAAUAAUGCCCAAGGAGAAAAUGUCACCAGUUUUGUCCAUUGAAUGGCACCCUCGUGAUAUCGGUACUUUAUUGAUCGCAUACCAGCAAUCUGCAAUCGUUUACUCCCUUGCAUCGGGCGAAAUAAAAAGUAUCUUAGUCUACCAGUUAUCAAAAGAUCAUAGAGGCUUUCAGUUGGCAUCUCAUAUUGCAAACGGGGGGAAGAAGAAGAUUUUUGGUGCAUCUAAGGAAGUAAUCCCUAAACUAAAGGAAGCCCACUUCCACCCAAAUGGAUUACACGCUGUCACGGUGCAUGAAGACAAUUCGAUAGUUUUUUGGGAUCUAGCAAGUGGUACAAUUUUAGAAGCCAGAAACGUUUUUGACGUAAACAUUCAUCAACCAGGGACACCAUUAGAAAUUCCCGAGGUGUUUCAACCCAUCGAGACCGUUCAAUGGGUAUGUGGCGAAGAUCCAGAGAAUACCAAGUUGAUUAUAACCGGUGGAGACCCUAACUCCAAAAACGCCAUUCACGUUUUAGAUUUUGGGUAUACUUUGAAAUACUCGAUUACGUCGUAUGAAAAACAAGCCGAAUUUUACGCACAACCACAAUCAGGACAAAGAAUCAUUCCAGUAACAUUUUAUUUGAAUAAAACCGAAGUAGAAGAGGUAAUAACAAAAAUACUACCAAUUACUGAAAAUGGUUCGCCCUAUUUCCAUGGUGGGCAUGACCCAUCUUUUUUGUUGUUGGUAUCAAAUUUGGGUAGAAUUUAUUUUGUUUCAUUUGCCGAACAUGCUGGUGGUCAAGGAUCAUCUGAUUUGGGCACGGUUAUUUUGCCCACUUCUAUAUCGUUCAUCCAUCCACCGUUGUGCUCUUUUGAUGUUGAACAAGUUAGACGAAUCGAUUGGUAUAGUAUUAUGUCCAGUAGGGCAUCCACAGGAGCAACUUCAAAGACAAAAGAAAUGUUUUUUGGUGGAGCCUCUGUCGGCCUCAACAAUGUUCUGAAACCAAUAGGGUAUGAUGACUCUUUUAGAAACAUUUUGAUCACCGGGCAUGAAAGCGGUUUAGUUAGGUUUCUCGAUGUUACCAAAGGUGAGCAACAUGAGGUAGAAGGAAUUGUGCAAAUCGGUCUUCGGGAGACUUUAUUUGAUUACGGGAAUCCAAAGUCCUUGAGAGUUAUCUUUGUGUCAUGUUCAUUUGAAAACCGUGAGUUAUUGGUAGCAUUGGCCACUGGUGAGGUUGUUGUUUGCAAAUUUGGAAAGAAUAACAGAAACGCUGGGUUAUCGUCAACUAAAGACUAUAGUGAUUGCGGGGUACAACAUGCAAAUAAAAAUGCUAAACUUUUAGAUAUUAGUGGAAGAAUCCUGGGCUCGUUAAAUGCAUCAUCCACUUUUUUGCCAACUAGCUUGUUACAGAUCGAACCACCAGAGCCUAUUUCGGUAAUUAAGAUGAGUAAUAUCGGCUUUGGUGCCGUUGGUUACAAAUCAGGAAGAUUGGUUGUUUGUGAUAUAACCAGAGGUCCCGCUGUGAUACUCAAUCUUGACAAUAUAAAAGAACACCUAGUCUCUGUACAGGGAAACUGCUACCCAACAUCUAUUGAAUUUUCCAUUCAAGAGUACGGCAAUGACGGUUAUUCGUCUAUAGUUUUGUUGGUAGGAACAAACUGUGGUGGUAAUCUUGUGAUGUUUAAAAUUACUCCAAUGGGGAAUGGUGGCUUUGAAGUUGUGUUUGUUGAUAAAACAGCCCAUUUGAAUUAUAGAACCACUGAUGCCAGUGGCGCUGAAGGAUCGUGUAUUUCCCAAUUAAUCCCGCUAAACUCGGUGACUGGCGAGUCUGCAGUUGCAGAUAUGAGCGCAUUCAAUAAACUCAGCCAAGGGAUUGUUAUUCCAGCAUAUGUUAUUGCCACCUCGGAUAGAGAUAUUCGUGUUCUCAAACUACCAAAACAAAAGUUAUCACACAAAGUUGUUGAAGACUCCUGUUUAAAAUGCAGUGUUGUAAAUUAUCGCAACAAAGGUGUUGUGUUGGCCAUUUUAGUGAAAUCUGGGUUUGUCAAAUUAUGUUCUUUGCCGUCUUUGUCUGAUAUAGCUAAUGUCAAAUUGCCCAAGGAAGUCUACUCACAAGUUAAAGGUUCACUUGAAUCAGGUAUGGCAACACAGUCAGAUUUAUUACGAUCAGGUGAAUUGUUUGUUAGAUGUUCCAAAACAGAAUCCGUUUAUAUCACAACUAAUGAAAAAACCCGCCACAAGGAUGAAACAAAUACUGAUAGAUUGUUUAAUGAAAAUGCCAUUAUACCACCACGUCCAACUGCAAGUACAUUACUGUGGGCCAAAGGCCAAAUUAGUUAUGUUUCAGUUGAUGAUUUAGCAUUGUUGGUUGCUGGACCUAACCGAAAGUCACCGAAGAAUGCCGAGUCACAGUUGGCAUAUAACAUAAGUCCUGAAGCUAAUGCACAGAACAAUUAUGGCGGAUAUAAUCCACAAAAAGGCAGAGAUACCAACAAAGAUAAAGGCUCGAGCCCUUAUGACCAGCCAGUUAGACGAGGCACAAAUAAUAGUGGAGGUUUGGGGUCUCAAGGUUUCAUGAGAAGUCUUCAAAAUAGCAUUCAAACAGUGGAAGAGACUUUUAACGAUUAUGCAAACCAAGCCAGUCAAACAUUCACAGAAGGUUUAGAGGAUCAAAAGAAAUCAAUGUACAGCGCUGCUGUAAAAAGUAAAUUUGGAUUUUAA